CAAAACAGCUGUUUUGUUGUCGCUGCUGAGCGAGCAAACGGUCGGUCGGUCAGUGGGCGUUGCAGGCGACAGCAAUAGCUACAACUACAACUACAACUUCAGUUACACCUACACCUGCAGCUAUUUAAAAUACCAAAGAAAUUGCUCGCAUCGCAAACUUAAAAACGACGACUGCAAAGUCGCUCGUUAAUUGGUGAAAAAGAAUAGAAGAAAUUGUGAAUCAACAGCAACAGCAACAAGAAGAAGAGGAAGCAGUAGAAGAUCAAACCAUGUUUCCACACCUGAAAAGUCAACGCGUCAAUGUGGAAUUGUUGCAGGAGGCGGCAAUCCGCGAAUUGUUGCACCAACUGGAAUGCAUUGAGGGCUCCAAGGCCGUUGUGCUGGACGAGGCAAUGAUCCGACCGCUGGGACUGAUUGCCAAGCCGAGCCUAUUCACAGAUCGUGGCAUUAAGCUGUUGGCACUGAAGCCGGAAAUGCGUUUCCCCAAGGAGCCGAACAACAUAAUUUACAUAGUGCGGCCACAGGUGUCACUGAUGGAUCAGCUGGUGCAGCACGUGAAAUCGAAUAGUCAGCACGGUCGUCAGUUCCACAUCCUGUUUGUGCCCCGUCGCUCCUGUCUGUGCAUUAAGCAGCUGGAGGAUAAGGAUGUCAUGGGUGCAUUUGGACGCUUGGAGGAAUUACCCUGGAACUUUUUCCCCCUGGACUCGGAUGUGGUGAGCAUGGAAAUGCCGAAUGCAUAUCGCGAUGUGGCCAUCGAUGGCGACACAACAUCCCUGUAUCAGGCGGCCAUUGGAUUGGUGCAACUGCAGCGUCUCUAUGGACGCAUACCCAAGAUCUAUGGCAAGGGGGUGCAGGCACAGUUGGUCUGGGAUCAUGCCAAGCAGCUGGCCAUCGACGAGAAGUCGCUCUACAAUGGCGACAAGGGCUCCAUUGAUCAGCUCAUAUUGCUGGAUCGGGGCAUUGAUCUGCUCACUCCGCUGGCGACCCAGCUCACCUACGAGGGUCUCAUCGAUGAGUUCUAUGGCAUCCGACAGAAUCAGCUGACGUUGCCGGCCGAGCAUUUUGCGGGUGCCACCGGAUGCAGUGUAUCGGCAACUGGGGGACCAACCGGCGAGGAUCCGGAACGUUUGCUGGGCGAUACCGCACGCAAGACCAUCCUGCUCAAUUCCGGGGAACCGUUGUAUGACGAGUUGCGCAACAAGAACUUCAACGAGGUGCGCAUGCUCCUGGGCCGUAAGGUGAAGGAGAUUCAGUUGCAAGUGAAUGUCAAUCAUCAGGAACUAUCCAUGCCGGAUCUCAAGACCUAUGUCGAUGUGCUGCCCAAGCUGAUGAGCCUGAAAAAGGCGACAUCGGAGCACACGGCCAUCGCUGAGCUCAUCGCUGACAAGGUCAACAUGUAUGCGUUCCGCGAUGACCUCGCCGCCGAACAGGAGUUCAUGAUCUGUGCGGACAUUGACAGGCCCAGCGCCUACAUUGAGGAUCUGAUUGCACGGCGCACUGAGCUCCGGAAUGUGUUGCGUCUCAUCUGUUUGCAGUGUGCCGCCGCCUCGGGAUUCAAGGAACGUGUGCUCAACUAUUACAAGCGCGAGCUAGCUCAAGUCUAUGGCCUCGAGGUGCUGCUCCGGGUCAGUAAUCUGGAGAAGGCUGGCCUGCUCCACACGCAGACCGAAUCGCGUGCUUAUGCCGUGUUGCGCAAGACUCUUCAUCUGACCGUCGAUGACAGCAUUGAGGUGGAACCGAGGGACAUUAGCUAUGUGCAUAGCUUCUAUGCACCGUUGACCGCCCGCCUCGUCGAGCACUCGUUGAAGCCACUGGGCUGGCAGACGCUCAAGAGUCAGAUUAACAAUUUGCCGGGGCCAACGUUUGAGGAUUUCCAGGUGCAAUUGAUUGGGAUCGGUGGACGGCACGGCGGUGGAGCGACACCAAGCGAGGCAUCCUUGCUGCAUGCCCGACGUGUUGUCCUUGUUCUCUUUGUUGGCGGCUGUACAUUUGCGGAGAUUGCCGCGUUGCGUUUCCUUGCCGCCCAGGAGGAUAACAAUGUGCACUUUCUGAUUGCCACCACGAAGAUCAUCAAUAAGCACACAUUCCUCGAGAGUGUGAUGGGCUCGUGAAGGCAUCACUUGAGCCGCUUGGAGGCACAUCGUCUGUCCAUCAGCUGCGGCUUGUCGCGUGGACGCAAUGCCUCGAUUCCAUUGAAGCCAUGACCAAAAAUGUGCCAGCCAAAGAAGCAGCAGCGCAGCGUAGGAUACAAACCGGAGACGAAUACGGAAACGGAA